AUGUACUACAUGAUACAGGGCAAUGUCAAGUUUGCACUAUCCAUAGAACCAAAGAAUGAAACUCUUCAGUCAUAUGCAACCAGAGUCGCCCAUCUUCGUAGCCAGGGACUCCCAUCGAUUCCAACAACUGUUAAAGUCGAGAAAGCGUGUAACCCAUUCCUCAGAACAUCAAGCAAAGAAAUCCGCAGAUCUUUAAGCAUUCCAGACUCAGCAAACGAAGUUGAAGCAUUGCGUCGUAUACACAGAGCCAGAGAUCGUUUCUAA